AUGGCGUUCAUGGCGAAGCACAAGGAGGUGGCUGCUGAGACUAGCGAAGCCCUGGAACAACAGUUCCGGCCCAUCGUGCCUAGGCCCAUGGCACCGUCGCCUCCGCCAUUGCCUAUCGGUGCCACGGUAAGAAGCAUCCAAUGGAAGGCGCAGAAGCGCAGCCGACAAGACUAUAGUGUGCCCUCUCCAGUGUCAAAGAGGGAGAGGGAUGCGAUGUCUUACCCUUCGCCUCCGGUCUUGUGGGCCACUGUGGAUGUUGAGGCACCCAUGUUGUUGGGGGGACGGUGCAUGCCUGAGAUUUAUCUUCCAAGUUGUGAAGAGAAUCUCCGGAGACUUUCCCUUGUGGGGUCUUCCGCUUCAUCAUGGGCACCAUCGCUGGAUGCAGAGCAGAUAUUCUCUGUAGAGCACGACUUGAUCUCAAAGUUGCAGGUGCCUAAGGUCAUCAAGCCCCGUCCCACUCGCCCCAAGCGCACCACCAUCCGCAUCGAACGCAGCAACAUCAUUGACUCCACCAACUUGUUGGUGGAAGUGGUUGUGUCCAAGAAGACACCAAGGGAAGUGGAGGCUGAGCUGGCGUUGCCCAAUGCACUCCCAGCUAUUGUAUCGGGCUGCAACAGUAACCGCGUCCACCUAACAAACGACGCGUACAAGGAGAUGGUGGGGCAACCACUAUGCCCAUGGCUCAACUCCUUGCUAGGGGCCGGCGCGCCGAGGAGGAUCAAUGGUGAGGUGGUCCUGUACGUGCAAACGUUUAGCACCGUGUCAUGCUUGCAGAGUACUUGGUGCGCCUUCCCAUGCACCGCAAGGAUCUCGUGGGAAGAUGAGGACGCCACCGUGUUUCUUACUGUUCCAUGUGCCAUUGAGCGUGUGACCGGUAACUCUGAUGACUAUUGCUUCAUUUGGAGGUUUGACUGCAAGAGAAAAUCCAUCAUGUACUCCAUUGCAUAA